GUGUAAGUUUGUUUACGAAAACGAACAUAACCUUCGAAACCGAACUGUCAGCUUUGACAAGACACUUGUAUCGUACCACCCGUAUGAUUUGUAAAAUUUUACAACAAUGUCCGAAUGGAUUAAAAUGUCUCCAAGAUUUAAAUCACGAAUAUUUUAGUUUAGAAACUGGCUUGAAGAUAAUUGAUAGACUGGACAAUGGCAAAUUCCGAGCAUUGGUCAAUCACAUUUGUAUUACAAUGCAAUUGAAUACCAAUAGCAAAAUAUUUAGUGACGAAGAAGAACAAAAAUUACUGGCCACUUUAGAAAUAGAAAAAGAGACACUUACCAUAUUGUUAGACACAAUUAAACUGAUAUACUUGGAAGCUGCAUAUGGAAUUAUCAAACCAUCUGCGAUGGAGGCACUGAUGAAAAAUUCUUUCAAUAUAUCGGAAGAAAAAGUAUCGAUUUUCACAAAUGCCUGGAUAACACAUGGCAAAAGUUUCAUCGAGUGUCUACAACAAAAAUCUAUUUUUCCAUUGCAGGUUGAAAACAUCAAUUGGGAGUUUAAUAUUCGAUCCUCCUCAUCGGCCUUGUCUCAUGAUGUGAAUCCGGUUGUCUGGCUUCAGUUAGGUCUUUCAGGACACGAAGCAAAUUCAAAACUCACCAUAGAGAUGGAAAAAAAUGAUUUGACCAACCUUUAUAACAGGUGCGAAGAUAUUCAACGUCAACUCGAUCUUCUUGAUUGGGUACCAGAAAAAAGCUCAAGUUGAUUGAAGGAAGGUCGUUUACACCGCCGACAAUUAAUCCAGCUAAUGUAAAAUGCUAAAUAUAUUGUGAUGCUACGAAUCCAGGAUUCAUUCCAAAGAGCCAUUUUGAUACUGGGCAACAACCACAAUUUUUUAACUAAAAGAUGGUUACUUUGAAGUAAUCUAAUAUCAAUGAAAAUUACAAACAGUUUUUGGAGUUCUAUAGUAAAUAUUCUAAGAAUUUCUAUGAAGACUUUUGGUGAAACACUUUUUAUGUACUGGAUUCAGCUGGCGCAGUUUGGGGCCCUGUCAAUGUUAGAGUUUCUCGAAUCGACAGUCAUCUGUAUACAACCGGCGAGAUGCCGUCCACGAAUAAAAAAAAUUUCAACUUGA